AUGUCCAAACCCACUCAAACUCAGCCCACCCAACCCAACCUCUCGCAGCUCAAAAGCCCACCAUGGGAUAUAACCGCCAUCUACACCCUAACCCUCCUUCCCUCUUACACGAACGAGAACGUAAUCCGCAUUCUCGUCGACUACCUCAACAGCAUCCACGCCCUCCCAUCCACGCAAGCCCAGCGCACAGCUCUCGAACGCACCGCGCCAAGAACCCCCUUCGUCUUCCCGCGUCUCAAGCUCGAAGCGAUCUGGGACCUGGAAGACGAGUUGACGGAUAGAAAGCGAAAGGGAGGGGGAGGGGGCGGGGGCGGGGGCGGGGGCGGGCCGAUUCUGGAUAAAAGGCGCUGCACGUGGCUGGAUUUGCUUUAUGAUCGUAAGGGCGUUAUGGUUGCGAAGGUGUUGGGGAGAGUUGAGGGGUUGGUGGAAAGGGAUUUGAGGGAGGGGGUUUUGGGGUAUCAGCCGGCGCUGGGGUUGUGUUUUGAUUUGCUGGGGGUGUGGGAGGGGUUGAGGUUGGUGUAUAAGAGGGAGGAGGAUGUUUUUGUUCUUUCGAAGAAAGAGGGUGGGGAGGUGAGGGAGGAUGUGAAGGUGAUGGAGAGUGUGAAGGCGAAGGAGGGUGUGAAGCCCAAGGAGACUACGAGGCGGAGGUCGGUUUCGAAGGCUUUGGUAAAGGUACUGGGGAAGAGGAAAGAAAGGAGAGAAUUCUUCUGGGCUAAUUGA